CCUAGUAACUGGUUAGGGUCUGGUGGUAAUGAACUCCAUUGUGCUCAACUUUGAGUCCCUCCAUGUCCUCUGCACAAACAAAGCAGUAAACGAGCCCCCCUGUUGUUUUAUCUUGAAUUGCACAAUCUCUGUAAGAGCACGCUUAUAAAGAAAAUCACAACGUGGGGUUAGAUUGAUAAGUCAUUCAAGAUUAAAGUGGCAUUAGCUCACCUGGAAAGCUUUUGGCUGACACCCCUGCAAGUAUAAAUGCUCUGCUUCGCAAAGAUGGUGCCAGCUCUGGUAAAAGAAAAAUGGGCUUGAAGUCUCCUUGUCAAAAUGAAUGUCUGGAACAAGUUGUUGUCAUGUUCCUUACAGGUUUGAAGCUCAGGUUAAGGUUUACUGUGUCCUUGACAAAACAAAUCCAUAUGACAGAACCAGAAAAAGCAGAAAAAUACCUCUGCUUUCCAGUUCAUACCUCCAGUGAUAUUUUUUUUACCUCUCUCCUAAAGCCUGAUUUUUUUUCACAGCUGAUUUUCGGUGUGCUUUGUUCUUUCUGUAUUGACAGUUUUGAGCAGUGAAACUGGGCUUUUGCUUGUGAAUGUAUUCUGACUGGGGUUUCUUGAUCUCCUAAUUUGUGCAUUUCUUUUCUGACUGGCUCCUGAUGCAUUGGUGUGCUCUUAGUCAUCUCAGCUUCAAAUUCCUACUCUUUGUGCAUUGCCUUUCUCUCCUCCUCUGUCCCUGCCCUGCAGCCCUGACUACUGCUGUGUGACUUGUAUGACAUUAGUGAUUCUGCUCACCUGUUUCCUCCUCUACUUUCUGUGUCUGCGUUUUAGCUCUCCCUUUCUUGCCUCGUAUUCAUGCUUUCCCACUGCUCACCUCAAGGAUGGACUGCAGACUUGUUAAUGUUCGGUGUUGUUCAGCUGUGCCAUUUUUUGAACAAAAUGUGAUCACAAGCUCUUUUGGUAUGAAAUUGUCUUUCUUUUCCCCCUUUUUCUUUCAAUUUGUGCCAUUUUGUACCUCUUUGUCUUUGCUGCUCAGUUCUGGUGAAUGCCUCUACACUCUGGCUGCUCUGUUUUUAUUUGUAAGCCUAUUGUAAAUUGUCUGUGAUACUUCAAGUAGAAAAUCUGGGUCUGAUUAAAUCUAAACUCUCAUCUGAUGCAGCUGUAAGAGCAGCGUGUCCUCUAAGCCCUGCGCCAUCUUCUCAAGGAGGAGCGACUUUUUCUUGGAUGGUGCCGGGGUUGUCCGUAGUUGUGUUGCUCUGACCUGUCUCUCUCUUUGGCCACAGUGAUCUAGACAGAGACUUUUGGAAUAACAAUGACAGCAGCACAGUGCAGCAGAGGUGGAGCUCCUAUCCGCCCAAGGAGUUCGUACUAAACAUUUCUCCAUAUGCCCCAUAUGGAGAUCCUCGCCUCACGCUCAAGUGAGUCUUGGUCUAAGUCUGGUAAGAGACUUCCCCCCCCGUGCAGGGCUGUAAUGAGGCAGGGGCAGAGCCUCUGCACAUUUCUCUGUGCUUUCCCUCCUUUAUGUCCCAUCUUUCCCCUCUUACACUGCUCCCUUUCUUUACUAUGCAGACACUGCCAGUAGCCACACAGCAAAUUGACACGCUGAAUGCGGAUGUUGGCUUUCUUAAUAUUCCUGAUUAUUUUUCCGUAACUGAAGACACAAUCCUGUCACGCUGUGAUGUUUAGCCACAGGCUUUUCCAAAAAACCCAUUUCAUAAAUGUCAAAGUGUUGCAGUCCUGUGCAUUUCUAGACCUGCUUCCCCCUUAAAGCAAUCAUCCAAAAAUUAUAGAAGCGGCUUAUAACCCUUCCAGUGUUGCCAUACUUAAGAGCCCAAAUGAUUGCUAAUGAUAACUUUUAUCUGGUUGGAAACAUGUACAUAGAAAAACACCACACAUCCGCAUUAUAAUUUCCUGUGAAAGUCAUUUCAGUGUUGCUGCAGCCACAGAGCAGCACCGCCAUGUAGUUCCCCUUCAGGCGAGUUUCUGCUGCUUCUCCGUGUUUUUCAGCACCUUUAAAUGAAGCAAAUGUUCGGACGCCCCUCACUCCCUACAGCCCUGCCGCUCCAUACUAACUCCUGACCUCUAACCUCUCAUCUCUUUCUCCCAUGGGGUGACCAUGGAGACGGACAACCCUCAAAAUUUUCUCCUUCAAAGAGAUAUGCACACUUUAACUGAUCUUCUCUUGAGUUUGUGUGUGUGUCUUUGUUCUUUGCUUGUGUUUCCUGGACUUUGCUGGUUGUCGUCGUUGCUUUCGUUGUGGAGGGUUGACCGUUACACCAGGUUGCAGUGUGGCACCAGUGUAGUUUUACAUCCAUCUGUGGCUUCUCUCUCUGACUCCCAUCAGAAUAAUAUCGAGAGUGUUCUUCACUAACAUUGAAGCUGUUGAACUGCAUCUACUGUAUGUUAUUUCGGAAGGUAACAGUGUUUUCUCUUAUUGCAAUGAGUCUUUUUUUUUCACUCACUCUGCACUUGAAUCUAAUAAAGCCUCAGCAAGGUCACGCCUCUCUUCCUCUGGGCCUUUACAGGACUCUGAGCUUAGGCAUUCUGCUACCAGUGUUGCGAUCCCUGAAAGCUACACUUCAAAAAUGUCAAGAGAAACAAGAAAAAUUGACAAUAACACAAAAAGACGACACGCAGCACCAAGCAUCAGGCUGAAACAUCUUAUAAGCGUCCAUCUUUGCUACACUAACCCGUUGAGGACCGAUUGCCUGCAGAAAGGAUGCAAGGUAUCCACAGAGGAACUAGAUGAAAACUCCUGAAGCUAGCUUUUGACCUUUGUCUUUCUGUUAUGUUCGCCUCUUUUGAAAAAGCUCUUAAGGCAAAUGUGUUGCUCAUAGAUAGGUUUUUCAUUAGAUCCUCCUCGUAUAAUGAAAAGUAAUGGACGUUUCUCUGCAUUAGCAGCAGAAAUAUCAGCUUUAUCAUUUGCAUGUGAAUCAGUAGGAUGUAGAUAUUCAGCUAAUUGAGACUCUAUUUUGAUGAAAUUUCCCACAUUGAAAAGCAGAAGCAACCUCUUGACUCCAACCAAUAAUAUAUCACCAAAGCAAUGGGCAGCUGGGAAAUAAUUUUUCCUUUUUUUUGGAAUUUCUCUGGAGAUCAUCAGCUUCCAGCGUCUGACAUGACACAGAGCCUUAUUUUGUCUGUCACUGUGUUGAAGGAUUUGUUUUUUCAAGGUUAAGCAUUUCUUUACCCUUAACAAUUUUUAAAUAAUGUUUGUAAUGACAGAACAGCAGCCAUUUUUCUUAUUUUAAAGUGUAGUUUCUGGAUUACUGACUGGAAUUUUAAUGUUUGCGGACUUCCAUGGAAAUUUGUCAAAACCUGGCUGCCAGGUUUUGUCAAAUGUGCUUGACACCUAUGUGUCCUGCUCUGACCAUCACCCUGACAGCAUCAUCUGUGCCAGCGUUAUGGCUGACUAUGAAGCAUCCUGUCAUUUGCUGAUGUGUUAAAGGUGACCUUUCUGCAGGUUUAGUUUCUCAUGUUCGCAUGGAUUCACAGCAGAAGCUAAAGUCUCAGAUGCCUCUCAGAUGUGUUGUUUUUUUUUUGUCUUUAGGAGCUGGGAUGUUGUGCAUAUUAAUGAGGUGUAGUCAUGUCACCAGAGGGCACUACUGUUCUUUAAUUUUGAUCAUCACUGCAGCAGUUUUAAGAUGAAAUCUGAGUUGUCUGCCUUUAAAGUCAAAUGAGUUGUGUUGCCUUGUGUGCUUUCUGGAGGCGAGCAUGCUUAGAUUACAUCCAUUUUCUUUAUUCCUCCUAUUGGGGCUUUUUUGGUGCACUUUGUCCUGAUCAUUAUUGCUGAAUCUAUUGGAUAAUCAAAUUCAAUCAAAUUCAAAUAGUUUAGAAGAAAUCUUGACGAUUAGGUUGCAGAAACAAACUGGAAUUAGUGAAUUUUGGGGUCAGGUGCUUUUGUAAAUGCCAUCACUGCUCCAAACUACUCACCGUAUAGAUCAUAGGAGCAUGACUUGAGGCCAUAAUGCCCAAAGGAACAAGGUAAUAAGAAGUAAAAUGACAAGUGUCUGCACACUGUUGCUGUUAAAGUAUUAGUCCUUAAGGCCCAGAGGAGGAACUUGUUGCUGGUUUUCCACCCUCCACAGGCUCCAUCUGUAAUUCCUUUCUUCCUGCUGCCUCUUCCUACUUUUUCUUCUGCACCACUUCCUUUUUUUUUUUUUUACCACACUGGAUUGCCGAUCUCUCUCAUCCGCCCUUGUUUAAUUUGGCCUGGAAAUCAAGGCCUGCCUCCUCACACACUCUACUGAUCUGUCUCACUUUGCUGACCAUGUGGAUGCUCAAGCUACUGUCCCGCUUGUAUAUGACUUUCUGACUUUCUGUGCUCUUUUUCUCCUCUGCCUGUCAUUAUUGUUCUUCUGUAUUCUCUGUCUGCUGUGGGAUCUCUAUCCCCUAGUGGGGCGGUCUCAGGGGGUCAGAAGGGGGCAGCAACAGGGCAUGGGGAUGCUGGGGGGGCUCCGUAUCGCAGUGACAGCGUGAAGAGCAUGGUGACAGAAGGAGUGAAAGCCGGGAAGUGGCAGACGGUCCAGGGCCACGUGCAGUCCGGAGGAUUAAGACCCAGCAACUUUGGGGACCCAGUUUUGUCCUACACCUCCACUCUAGAGCACAUCCACUCAGGCCCUACCCGGCCUAGGACGCUGUUGCGCCAGCAGAGUCUUCAGCAGCCUCUCAUCCAUCCGUCGGGCCCUGGUCUCGGCCAUCCCCCCACCACAUCCCAGAGCUUGGGACAAUUACACACAACACCUGGACACCCUGGGGGAGGUGGUGGUGUUGGGAGAGGACAGGGAGGAGGUGGCACUGGUGAUAGUAGAGGUGCAGGUACACAAGUCGCUUCCCAGGGGGCUCAAGGCAGCCAAGCAGGAGCAGGUGCCUCUCGCUGCAGGGGAGGUGGAGCAGGAGGGCACACGCGCGCCAAUCCCGGAAGCUGGGAUUACAUGAUGGAUCAGAUGCGGAAUCGAGGCCUGGAUGUCAAGUCCUUCCUUGAGGGGAAGCUGGUGGUCCUGGCUUUGGCCAUUGGUGUGGCAGAGCAAGAUGACUUUGCCAAUAUCCCUGACCUGCAGGAAACAGCGCAGGCUGCCCCACCAGCCAAUCAGGAGCCCCCUCCUGAGAAGAGGGGCAACAAGCCAGCUAAUAGCCCCAAAGGUCACCCUCCAGAUGCUGAUGGCCACUCCUCUGUUACUGACCUGGCCAACUCUCUCACUGGAGACAUGGUGAUGUUGUCACCAGGCUCAGAGGAUGACGAUGGUGAAGGGCCUAUCAGUGAAAAGCUGGGCCGGAUCCAGUUCAGCAUAGGCUACAGCUUCCAGAACACGACACUCACCGUCAAAGUCCUAAAAGGCCAGGACCUGCCGGCCAAGGACUUCUCCGGAACCUCAGACCCUUUUGUUAAAAUCUACCUGCUGCCCGACAAGAAGCACAAGCUGGAGACCAAGGUUAAGAGGAAGAACCUAAACCCCCACUGGAACGAAACUUUCCUCUUUGAAGGUUUCCCAUAUGAGAAGGUGAGGGAGCGCACUCUCUACCUGCAGGUUCUGGACUAUGACCGCUUCAGCAGAAACGACCCCAUUGGAGAGGUGUCAAUUCCCCUGAACAAAGUGGAACUGGGCCAGAUGAAGACCUUCUGGAAGGAGCUCAAGCCCUGCAGUGAUGGCAGUGGGAGACGAGGAGAACUGCUUGUGUCUCUCUGCUACAACCCCACUGCCAACACCAUCACUGUGAACAUCAUCAAAGCUCGCAAUCUUAAAGCCAUGGAUAUCGGUGGAACUUCAGACCCCUAUGUGAAAGUGUGGCUCAUGCACAAGGACAAGCGUGUAGAGAAGAAGAAGACGGUGGUUAUUAAGUGCUGUCUGAACCCAGUCUUCAAUGAGUCCUUCCCCUUCGACGUGCCCGCUCAUGUGCUGAGGGAGACCACCAUCGUCAUCACUGUCAUGGACAAGGACCGGCUCAGCCGCAACGACGUGAUUGGCAAGAUUUACCUUUCAUGGAAGAGUGGACCUGCAGAAGUGAAACACUGGAAAGACAUGCUCGCUCGGCCGCGUACAAACGUCGCCCAGUGGCACGCUCUCAAAGCCUGAUCGCACCACCCAGCUUCCUCCAUGGCCCCAUCUCCUAUCCCCCCUCCCUCUCCCUACUCCCACUCCCUUCCUUAUGCACAAGACUGACUUGCUGCCAGGCUGCAAAACACGGGUACAAUUAGCCAUCUGCUCUCUUAAACCUUUAAACUCUUCUCUUUUCUUUCGAAUUCUCAAUUUCCUCUCCUCUUUUUUUUUUUGCUUCUGUUCCCAAUUCUUCCUUGUACUUGUGCAGUUGUGUCUCAGUUUUUGUCUCCACUUUGCCAAAAGCCCCCCCCCCCUCAUUUCUAUCUGUCUGUACGUCUGUGUAUUUAUCCACAUGAUCUAAUAAGCAUUUUUCUUUUUUGGAUCCCUAACUUUUGAACUGCACUGUCGCCUUAUCCAAGGUGCCAGUCCCGUAGAUCACAGAGAAACUUCUACAGUGAUUGAUCUCCUUUAUUCCUGUUGUACGAUUACUACAAUAUUAUACAGUAUGUACUAUAUGUACAUAUAUUAUUAUAGGAUAGAUUGACAGAUUGUCCCUUAUAUUCACACAUAUUGAACCCCAUGUUUUUUCACAUCCCUUCUGUCUCAUUAUAUUUAUCAUCCUUGUUAAGUGUGCUACAAGCUCUGUUCUGCGUCCCCCCCCCCCUCUUAAAAAGUGGAUUAAACUUCAGCUGAGGUUAUUGAAAACAGUCAAUGCUUGGUUUGCAGUGAAACAAGCUGAACUCCAGAGUGAUGUUUCCUUCCCUCUAUCUUUCUCUUUCUCUGCUCUUCUUUUUCGUUUUCUCUUCCUAUCAUAAACCCACCUUUAACCUCGCGCACAAUAUUAGUAAAUGACUUGCCUCGCCCCACCCAUUUUUCUGGAGCCUUCCUUGUCGUCUGUGUGCCGUGGGUGCUGUGCUGUAGCUUUAAAAAUCGAAAAAGAGAUUAAAAACAAUUACAAAAAAAAAGAACUUUUGCAAAGUGGAAAAGUGGGAACACAAACUUGUGAAAGGGUUCACUCCUGAUUUUUCCAGACUUAACAAGUCGUGACACGGAGAGAGAAAAAAGAAGAUGUCGAUGCAGCAACAACAAAGAAACAAGAAAACAAAUCUUUCUAUCUGGAGAUUCUAUGAUGUCACUUUUCACAGCAUCAUCUACUGGAGAAACUAUUUGAAACCCAUUAAAUCUUCUUCCAAAGUUGAUACACAAGCAAAGAUUUCAAUUUGUACUCUUUGUGUACAUGCAUUUGGUUGUGUGCACACUAUGACAUAUUUGUGCUGCCCUGUGCUCUUGUUUUAGGCUGGUGGGCGUUGAUCUCCACCAGGUUUGACUCUAUGGUGUGUCAUGUUAACGUGUGCCUGCUGGUGAGUGUGCAUUCACAGGAGGAAAAUGGGUUGAAAAUGGGCAGAAAUCUUCUCUUUUCUCUUUCUCCUUUUGUGCUCUUCUUGCUCUUCUUACUGCCAUCCUUUCCCCAUAUUCUACUGCCCUGCCUUCCGAAAGAGGGCGCGGGGGAGUUCAUUUUGCACUUUUUAAAAUGUAAUAACAAUAAUAAUAAUGAUAGUUUUGAUGAUGAUUAUAGCUGUGGUGAAAAUCAAGGGAGGGGUAUCUGAGGGGGCGGGCAGCAGUCGGGGAGAGGUGAGGUCUGUUUGAUUUCAGGGUCUGGGGAUGAGGUGAAGAUCACAGAGAAGGUGGGGCUCUCAUCUUCCUAUUUUUGCCAUUGUUGUCAUCCCUUGUGCAGCAGUGUUUGAAUGUGUGUACUUGUAUGGCAGCUACAGCCUCCUGGUGGCAGAGCGCAAGUGUCUGAAAUGUCAGGUCAGGAUGAAGUUGUAGCAUCAGACUCGUCUGUGUGUCACACAGAGGCGGAUCAGCCCAGCGGUGUGUCGAUCACCAAGAAGCCUGUCUGAGACACAAGCAACAGUCCGCACUUCUGUCCAGGGAGUUGAGCAACAUGCAGAAAUGCAAGCAGAAGUCAUCCUCUGCACUGACUAAAACCUCUGAGUUAUAGCUGCAGUUCACAGGAACUGUAUCACUGAUGGGUGUGAUAUUAGAUGAUGGCUUGAUCUGCCGCUGAGAUCCUGCUGAAACAGAUUAGAUAUCGUCUCUGCACUGAGUGCUUGAGAGCAGCAGAGAGUACUGUAGCGGUACAGUGGCGCGGUGGUCCGUGAGGCACAUCCUGCAGCAAAAACUUGCUAAAAGCUGAAUUUUGUCCUUUUCUGAUUUUAUUUAGCUCUGACUGUUUUGUGUCACUGCACGGUUGUCUUUUCAAGAGGGGUUUGACUAUUAAAUGAAAUGAAUCCCAUCUUUGUGGCUUAGUGCAGUUCCCAUUAUUUCAGACGAGUUUCAUGCUCGCUCGAAUUUGUGCUAAAGAUAAAGAUGCAGUUACGCCUGUGAUCCGUGUUGCUCCACACCGAGCGUUUCCAUGAGCUGCUCUGAGCAGCACACGGCAUGCGGAGAAUAUUUCAUGCCCCAUACAGGAGCUGGCUGCUGCGAUGCGCUGAUCCAGUCCAGCACCCUUCAGAACAAUUGGGCAGCAGUGGAACAGGGCCCACUGUUUUGACAGCCACUGCCUGCAAUGUCACAGUACAUUACUCUUCCAUUACAAAGACAGAAAGGAGCAAUUUUUGCUUUCUUGGACCUGGAGCACUUGCUACAGAAGUAACUCCUAUCCUUAACAAAAAACACACAACGUGAAGCAUCAGAAAACAUGAGUGCUCCUUUAUGGACUCAGUCCUAAUCUCAUUUGCUACAGUCUCCUCCUUUAUCCUAAAAGAGCUUGGACCAAAAGAAAAUCAGUAAUUUAUCUAGAAUGCAUGUUUUAGGACUUGGAGAGAAUGCAAAGCUCUGACAGAAAGCUUACAGGUGACGCUGCUUGACGGCAAAAUACUGCACAAGUUUUAUAUUAAACACAGCAGUAAUCUGUCCUUAAAAUGUCGGAAAGCUAAAGAAUAGAGUGAUUUUUUAAGAGAUGAUUAGCUUUUCCUAAAGCAAAUGAAGAAUACUGUAAAUACUGAAAGAGUAAACAAAUAUAUAGUCAUAAUCAUAAAAAACCUCACCUUGUAAUCUUCAGUUCAGUCUACGCAAACGUAUUUGCAUUUGAAUAUGGCUAACAUACUCUAAUUUGUUGUUAACCAUGACUUUGGUAUUGUGCUCCCCCCAAAAGCUCAGUUGAAACCAUGAAUAGCCUUACAAACUUUUUUUAAAAUGUAAAAUAUUAAGAAAAAAAACGUUUAAUUUCUUUUCUGUUAAAAAUUUGGCAGAAACAAGAAGACUUAGAAGCAUCAGAACAAAAAUGUUAAAGUUACACACGUUUACAAUUAAGAAAAUCUUACCAGAAACAUUUAAUACAAAGGUGCUUAAACAGAAGUUACAGUUUAUGAUUAAAUCAAACCACUCUGAUGGAAACAGAGUCACUAACAGAAAAGCUUCAUUUCAAACACCGUUAGGAAAACAAGUUUGCUGGACUGCAGAGACGCAGUCGUGGACUGUGGGAGUUGCUGGAUGAAAGUGUGGCUCAGUGAUGAAUCAUAAUUCUGCAGAAAGAUUAUGCUGAAAGUUUAGUUUGCUAUUUCUAUUCCUAAUAAAAAAAUAUAUUUUAUUUGGACUGAUCAUUUCAGCAGAUGUGAGUGAUAUACAUCAACAAUGACAGUUACAUUUACACAGUAAAAGAACAGGUGAGCACUGUUAAAAAAUGUCAUCUUUCUGUUAGAAGUCUGUGCUUUAUAGAAUCACUGAAUCUGUAAAAAUAUAACAUGUUUUAAUUUUGAUAUGCAGCAUAGUAAUGUCAAUGAUUCCGAAAAGCUUCAGGGCUCCAGGACUUCAGGUUUUAAAAUUUUAUGCCCCAGAUUUGUUUGGAUAUACACAAACUCCUAAAUUUUAAUGGACUCCAAAGCAUAAAAUCCUCCCUGCUACACUGCUGUGACUGGGAGCCUUCGUGGGUUUUCUGAGAAUACGAAAAAUAAAAAAUAAAUAGUAAGAAAACAAGAAGACAAAUGCUCAGCUUCUUUUUUUAGAACCACAACAUGUUUGCUUUAUAUUUGCUCAUGUUGUCAUUGCCAGCUGUCAAACAGCCUCAUGGCACCGAAAUAAAUGAUAAAGCGGUUUCCAUAUCCCAGAUUACUGCAGUGCCACUUGUCCCACAGCUCCAAAUAUGUUUUGUUUUCUUGGCACCACCUAAGUCAAAAACGACCUUCAGCCAUUCGGAGCUGACAAAUAUAGCCGGGCAGGGAUGCAGAUGCUCUCGGAUAAAUUCAGCUUGUGUUCAGGUCUUCUACUCUUUUACAGCACGGCAACAAUUCUUCAUCUGAACCAAUUAGCAGGCAAAUUACUGUUUGAGUUAACUGGUUAUAGUCUAUAGGGCUUACAUGGCAGUCAUACACUUUUUUUCAAAACUGCCUCACCAGCUGAGUGAAACAAGAAUGAUGUUAGUUUUCCCUGCUAAUUUCUGGAAUAAAGUUUGAUUAUUAAGGCUGGCUACUGAUCCCUACUGGAGCGCUCAUUAUUAGUUAUCCUAAAUGUACUACAGACAAUCAUAUCCGCCCUAAAGAUGAGAAGAACUUAAAGAAAUCCAGGAAGUACGAUCACACCACCCUUGGCAACACACGUUCAAGUGACCACUUUCAUUGUAAAGUCAAUGUGUGUGUGUAUAUGCACGUUUCGGGCUUCCAUGUUCAAGUGUCUUGUGUUCACAUGUUGCUAUGCACAUUUUUCGGGCCAUUUUUUAUGGACCGUUUUCGAGCUUUCCGUAAAAAUAGGCAGCCAAUUAACGCAUGUUGGAAGUUAAACCAGGUUGAAUUUUGACCAAUCACUCAGAUUUGAUAGUGACGUUUGGAUGGCAUCCCUUUUAAUUCACAGAAGUUUGUGCCCGGCUGAAGGUAUAUGACACCAUUUCAUAAAUCGGAAUAGAGCUGUGAAAGAAAAUACCUGCAGCAAGAUUCAUUUGCACCACUUUGAGAUUUCGCACCAAGCCUCUUCCAACUGCAGGCGGUGGACAUGGUGGACAUUUGAAUAGCGACCGUCCAGUGUAAACACCAUAUGCUAAAUCAUUUUUACGAACUCCUGUGCCGGUUACCAGCCUAGAUAAAAUACAGAGUUGUGUCAGGAAGGGCAACCGGUAUAAAAAUCUCCAAAUCUAUGAAAGCUGAUUUGCUGUGGUGACCUCUGAAAGGAUUUUCCAAAAGAUGAAUUACAACAAAAUUGCGUUUGGUUUUAGCACGCUCUUGAAGACAUGUCACAUGCCCCGUGUGAACACUGUAUAAUGGUUAGCUGCUUUCUUCAUGUGUUUUUUGUCCUUUCGGCUCAUGAGUGUGUCACAAAAUGAAGUAAUGCUAUAUUUUAAUGGAGGAUUUACCUGCUUCCUUUCAUCUAUGAAUCUCCACAGCGGUGAUUCAUCACAGAUGUGCUCAAUUCCUCACUGUCGCUAACAGCUUUUCCUUGUCUGUUUGCUUUCUAAGGAGCUUGCUGCUCUGCUGGCCAUGGGGCGGGGGGGGUACCCAUUUGCCAAAGGAUUAGUAAAAUAUACUGUUGAAUCAAAUCAAAGGGUUGUCUUACUUUUUCCCCUGUUUCUAAUAUUUUACUAAAGGUUUUCCAGAUGGGUUCAGCUUUUAUAUGCAACACAUUGGUGAUAUAUUCUAUUGAAAAGGUGCCUGCUUUGGUCUGGUCAUGCAAUAUUGAAUUGGUAGUGUUUCAUGUAUCAGAGAGUGUUGUGUGUGCGCAUUGUGUGUGUGUAGAUUGAAAUCGGGCUGCACUAAUCUUGUCCUGGAGGAAGCACAGUACUUUAUUCUGCAGAAACUGGAAUGGCUGAGUAAGCCCAGAAGUCAUCUGUGUCACCUUUGUCUUGUGUGUGCAUUUCACCCUGAGCAGACGGCCCUCACCUCUCCCUUACCCUCACCCUCUAAAUUGCUCUAGUCUUCUGGUUAAAAACCGGGUUGACUUCUCCCAAUCAGGGUUCAAGUAAGCAUUGUUUGAAUAGUAACACAAUGACUAUGAAGAACAAUAAGUAAUAAUAUAUUUUUUGCUUAUUUUCAACAUUUGACUGUCAGUCAGUGUGUAUGUGUGUGCUUGAUGUUCUUGUGUUGUUUAGAUUUCUUUACCAAAUCUUGAGAAGGACAUCCUUCUGUUCUAAAAAAUAACUUUAUGUAAAUAUUGUUGGUGAAGAAUUUGCAUUUGUCAUAUGUCGAGUUUUCGUUUGUCACCUGAAAUGAAGAAAACAACGACAUUCAUGACUAACAGUGGUGAUGCUGAUGAUAAUGAAGCCGAUUUCCCUUCUUGAAUAAGGGUUUUGAUGUCGGCUGUGUUUUUUUUCUGUUUGUUUGUUUGUUUUUGUUGGAGAUGUUGUGCGGUUCAGGCAAGACAAACGAAGUGAGGGAGUGAUACCCUGUACAUCCCAUAUUUACUGUAGAAACACUGCCAACCCCCCUUAAUUUGUGACUCUGAGCAAAAUUGUGUUCAUGCAUUUGAAACCAUAAGCAUUGUUUUCUCACUGCAUUCGCAUCUGAAGCAGAGCGUUCCCUGUUGCCAUGUGUGAGAGGGCUGCUCACCUCCCUGUGGAGUCCCUCUGCCCCAGUCGCUUGGCAUCAACCCUCACCCUCCCUGCUUACUGGCUUGGGGAUUUUCUGUAAUACCAUUGUGUUAGACAGGAUUGGCCAUGUUCUGACACUGAUGAGGUCUUCCUUGUUAAAUCUUGACUCAUGGCUGCUGUGAGCCGGGGUCACACAUGGGGAUGAACACGUGUCAAGGAAGAAGUGCGCUCCAAAUGAAAGAAAACAACCCAUCUGUCGUGCCCUGGAAAUAUUAUUUGAGUGCUUACAACUUGUCUCUUUAAUUGGCAGCACAUGUCAAAACUUCAAAUCUACCUCUACUCUGACCUCACCUGGCUCUGAAAGGUCAGGGAGCAUCACCCCGGCUUUAUUCUGAGAUAGCGGCACUUACAGAAAAGGGAGAAGGAUUUAUGAAGCAGGAACAUCACAAUCUGAUCCAUCCAUCACCUGCUGCUUUUCCAUGGUGAUGCAGGGUCAGAAGACUCAACAAAGAUGCUGAGACUUAUUUCUCUCUGCCUGUUUCCUUAAUCCAGUCGGAAUGCAAAGAUAUUCACAGAGCAGCUGAGAGAAAUAAUCUCUUCAGCAUAUCUGGGGUCCACAAUGGGUCUCCUCCCAGUUGGACACGCCCACAAAGCCUUAACAGAAGGGCCUCUGUGUGGCAUUUUAGCCAGAUGAUUAAAAUAUUUUGAAAGACUACUAUUGAAGUGAAAAAAGUAGCUUUGUACCCUAUCCUUAGGGGAGGGGCACCAUCCACUAAGCUAGGGGUCUGCAACCUGCGGCCCUGAAGCCACAUGUGGCUCUUUUAAACGUCCACUGUGGCUCUCUGGUUAAAGAAGAAUAAAAGGGGUUUGAUUUUUAAAAAGUAGCUGUAAAGCAAGGUUGUAGUAAAGUCAAUUAAAAGUAAAAUAGUUCAAACUUUAUUCAAUUAAUUCACAAACAGUUGAAGGACAGUACGUAUCACAAGUUGUAUUAAAACAUGUUGACAGAUUAGGGAGCAAUGUGUAGCACAGAAAAUCACUUGGUGGUGUCUAAACACAAUCAGAAUUUAAGGUGCACUGCAAUUUAAGGCAGAUUUUCUAUUUUUGAACACAUUCAAGGAGUUUAGGUGCAUCUAAUGAUUCAAAAAAUACAGUAAAAAUAAUUUAAUUAUUUCUAAUUUAAUUGUGGUUAGUUGGAUUUACAAAUUUCUCACUGAGAUAUAACACAAAAGGUCAAAUAAACUGUUUUACUUUUUUAUUUUUUCACUGUUGACAGUAAGCAACCUACUUAUGCAUUUGUUGCAGUAAGAUAAUCCUAUAUGAUACAGUGUCUUUUAUUUUGAAAGGAAGCCAUAUGAACCUAUGUUAAAAGUUAUAAACUUUUUCAUGUAAUAUGAAUUGUAUUUUAUCUUUAUGUUAGUUUUAUUAUGCAAAAAAACAACAGUUUAUUUAUAUUAUAUUAUUCAUUUAUAUACUGAGAUAUACUUAUAUAUAAUAGUACCAUUACCUUAAAUGCAAAUCAGUGUCUUUAUUUUUCUAAAUGGAGAUGUCAGACUUUGUGGACCCUUCUGGGUUGUGGUCAGUGAGAAAUCUACUCAAAUGGCUCUUUAAGUGUUGAAGGUUGCAGACCCCUGCACUAAGUUCAAGAUGCUCAUUGUCACUGUGUGCAUCUGUAAUCCCAACCACCCAUUUACGACCAACAUCUCAAAGCCCUAGGUCAAGUAAGGUGGGAUGAAAGACAGGAGCUUAGUCAGGUCUUUCAGGUCUUAUUUUGUGUAGUACAGAAUGACACAAAUAUAUUACUUAGUGAAAAAAUAAUGAGAUGUCAAACUUUAGGAAGAAAAAGCCUGGUAUUUUUGUAAGAAUUAGACUUUAAACGGCCACUUGACAUAACCAAUAACAGCUUCAUCAUUCACAAAAGGGAAAGAAUAGAACAUUUUCUAAAUCUUUAAAAUAUGUCACAUCUAAUCCAAGUUUGCAGAUGUUUCAUUGGAAGGUCAGAUAUUUUUCUGCAGGUACCUUCACCUCAUCGUUUUCCGUCAAUCACAACCUUAUGUGUCUGACUGAGUCUGUGCUGGAGCUUAUCUCUUUGCUAUGAGAACCCGUAAUGACCUCUGACAUGCUGUUCCUGCCAUCAUCUCUCUUCAGGAAAGACAGUAGGUGCAGUUCAACCUUCAUUUUCAACACCAUCUGCCAGAACCAGGCAAAAAAAAAAAAAAAAAAAAAGGCCACAGACAGUCUAAAAAUAGACCAUUAAUAUCCAGAUCCUUCACUGCUUUUAAAUGUGAUUCAGGCCAAGCAGCCUAUAACUGCCGUCAGAAACUGGACCUUUUUGAUCAGGGAGGUAAAAAGCAAUACACUUCACUGAUAUUGGGCUUCGCUCUGAAUCUGAGGGUAAUUCUCCGCUUUAAGGGAUACAAAGGGUAACACUCCUGUUCCUUCGCCUCCUUUCUCAACUUGCCAUGGCCGACCUCUUUAACAAAGAGUGCUCUAUCUUGAAACACACAGUUGUGAUGUGUACAAUCUGAUUUAUUGUAUUUAUUUAUGUAUUUUUGCCAACUUUGUAUAGUGUAUAAAUAUCUAUAAAUAUAUGAAAAAUGACAGUACUGUAUAGAUUUUAGCUGCCUGGUAAGGUUAGAAGUAUAUACUUGGUAGACUAAAAGAAAAAGCUCAAAGCUCUACAAAAGCCAGUCACUGAGAAAAAGCUUUCUGUAAAACCCGGUGCCACUGGCUCUUUUUAUAUCCUAAGUUUUGUUUCUGGUAUAUUUUGUUAUUAUCGCCAGUGGGAUCCAAAGUGUAUGUUUUUUUCCUGUCUGUUUUCUUUGUUUGUUGGCUGUUCUUUUUUUCUUGACGAUAAGACGCAGCGAGGUUCUGGCAGCCAGGAGAGUGCCGUGGAACGCAGACUGGAACCCUGUACAGUGUGUUAGGUGUGCGUCUGUCCUUGGUAGUGCUAGUUCUCUCUGUGCAGUGCCUCCCUCCUCUUUCCUCUCUCUGAUGUAGAUUGUCAUGUGAAGCAGUGCGUGUGCGCGUGUGUGUGUGUUAAGGUGUAAGAUAUGUUUUAUGAAGCUGGCAGAUGCCCUCCUUCUACGUGUGUGCUUCCUUGUGUCCACUCUGUUUCUUCAUUACAACGCUUAGUUUUAAUCCUCCACCAAAUAUAGAUUUCCACUUCUUCUGCUCGAUCAUUCAUUUGCUCCCCCCAUUCAGAUGGUAAUGCAUACACCACCAGAGUCUAAUUUCACCGUAAUCCAUUCACCCUGAUCUAUCUGGGAUUCUUUGUCCAUUAGCGUCUCCCAUCCGUCACCUUCAACACUACCGAAGAGCACCUGUUUUUUUUUUUAACAGAACUGUGUGGAACAGAGCGUGAUUUGGCACAAAAAAGGGAAUACAUGCAAGACGACGCCUUCUUUCGUUUCAAACACUGAGGAGGAGGAGGGUAACUGUCAGCUCAGUGUAUAGAAACACAAAGCAGCCAUAUUCAGAAGUCAAGCACAGAUGUGAGACUCAAAUCUAUGUCGUGGUGGCUUCACUACUGCCUGUUUGUAGCAAGAGCAGGAUUAUAAAGAGCCUUAAAGACUGGACCAACUUCACUAAAAAGUACUGGGGUGUGUGCAUUCAUUUUGGACUGUAAAAACCCUUCCUAUCCUGCAUUGAUUAGUCAGUAUUUCAAUGUGUUGCUUGGUUGCUCUGUACAUAUCUGUGUAGUACUUCUGUUGAUGUCCCUGUGCUAGUAUAGAAAGGGGUUGUUACUGGGCGGCCUCUGCAGACAUCCCACCUGUCCUCAUCCCAUUACCUCCAAAACUUCAAACAUUCCAUCCCAGCAUCUAUCAAGCGACAGUUGAUAGAUAAUCAGCAAAGCAGGCAUACAAUAACAGCCAUGGCACUGACCCAAAAGUCUUGGUCAAGUCCCAUUUGAGAGCUGUAAACCAUCAACAAAAACCCCAAACAUGACCCUGUGCUCCUCCAAACCCAACUGCACUCUGGUCUCACCUGCUUCUGAAAGAUGAGUACCUGCUUUGAGGUGCUGUUGACAGGGGGGGGGUUGAAGCAGAGAAGGUGUGAGAGCCCUUCAUGACGCCAAGGAGCAUGUCCCCAUGGUCGUAGCCCAGAUCAGGAGGCGAGGAUGUCUCAGAGUCGCGCUCAGUAGCACUUUGGUUUUGCGUUCCAUGUUUAUUUUCGCCUCUCCUGUUUUUUGGCCGAGCGGACUGUGAUCUUACAUGUUGAUUUUCUUGUUCUCCUCCACUCAUCUGUAUUAUGAAGUGUGUUGGGUGGACGGAGCCUUGGAGCUGAGCUCUAAUUUUGUUCUGUAUUAAAGAAUAAUUUUUACUA